AUGGACGUUCUCAACAAGAAUGAGGUAAAAAUGGACUGGAACUCGUUCAAAGCAGCCAUGCACGAUGCUACUGCAAAUCCACCAUGGCGCGCCAAGAAUACUGUCCACCAACAGAGAUGGAAUCCGUAUUCCAUGGAGGGAGGGUAGGUGUUGGUUUAUAUUUUCUUUUUUUAGGCAGAAACGGAUGAGAGUUUUAGCAAAGUUAAUUUUAUUAGUUGUCUCACAUACUCAUCGAUGUUGCGGGAGUAUUUUGAACCCAAGUCUUGGACUGUUUAAACCAAGCAAACAGUUUUUAUUAGCUUAGGGCUAAGCUUACCAUGGGCAAUAUAGUUUUUUUGAUUUUUAGUACCGCAUGUGCCUUGGCUGGUUACAACUUUGUCGUUGCGGCCAGUGACACUCGUAUGUCUGCCUUCGAAGUCAGUGUUAUGAACCGCGAAGCGGAGAAAGUUAAUGUUUUGAACGAUAAUAUUAUCCUUGCCACCACUGGGUUCUAUGGUGAUGUUAUUCAGCUCAAACGUGUUCUUGAGGUGAGUAAGGCUUUUAUGAGUCUCGAAUUGAUUGAAUUGCCUUUGCAGAGAGAUAUGGUGGUAUUUUUGAUCACUUUCUUUGUGAUGUAUAUUGUUUUAGUUUGCAUGUCUAAUAUCAUAAAAUAAUGCUUGUAUUUCAGUCUCGCCUUCACAAAUACCGCUUUGAUUAUCGAUGUGACAUGACUGUCGACCUUUGCUCGGAACUAUUAGCCAGGAACUUGUACUAUAAACGAUUCUUCCCGUACUACACUGGAGCUAUUCUUUGCGGAAUCGAUGAAAAGGGUAAAUUAUUUUUUUGUUUUCUGUCUGCUUUUAGAAUCAAAAAGAAUCUUUAUCCGAAGUAAUAGCCUUAAAUUGGCCUCUGUCAUAAAGAAAUGGCAUUUGCAAACUGGAAGUUAGGUCUCAUGAAUAAUAUUUCAGGCUGUGGCGCCGUCUACAGUUAUGAUCCCGUCGGUUGCAUCGAACGUCUUCCUUAUUCUUGCAGUGGCGGCGGUGAGCCCAUGAUGCAGCCUUUCCUCGACAACCAAGUCGGCCACAUGACUUUCUCAGACCAAGCCGAAAAGCCCCAACUCACCAUCGACAGAGCCAUAUCCUUGGUGAAGGACGCCUUCAAGUCGGUAGCGGAACGUGAGACCUCUACUGGUGACAAGAUUAACAUCGUCAUCGCCGAACACAACAGGCCCAUCCGGCGCUUGACUAUCCAGCUCCGCGAGGAUUAA